AUGGGGAUCUCCACGGUCAUCCUUGAAAUGUGUCUAUUAUGGGGACAAGUUCUACCUACAGGUGAGUGGAUCCCAAGUACUACAGACUACGGUUCUGUGUUUCCCUCGGAGACACCCCUGGGGUCAACUGUAGCAGAAGGUUCUGUGUUUCCCUCGGAGACAACCCUGGAGUCAACUGUAGCAGAAGGUUCUGUGUUUCCCUCGGAGACACCCCUGGAGUCAACUGUAGCAGAAGGUUCUGUGUUUCCCUCAGAGGCGCCCCUGGAGUCAACUGUAGCGGAAGGAUCUGAUUAUGGUUUGGCCCUGAGGCUGGUGAAUGGAGGUGACAGGUGUCAGGGCCGUGUGGAGGUCCUGUAUCAAGGCUCCUGGGGCACCGUGUGUGAUGACAGCUGGGACACCAAUGAUGCCAAUGUGGUCUGCAGGCAGCUGGGUUGUGGCUGGGCCACGUCAGCUCCAGGAAAUGCCCGGUUUGGCCAGGGCUCAGGAUCCAUUGUCCUGGAUGACGUGCGCUGCUCAGGGUACGAGUCCUACCUGUGGAGCUGCCCCCACAAUGGCUGGCUCUCCCAUAACUGUGGCCAUAGUGAAGAUGCUGGUGUUAUCUGCACAGCUGCCCAGCCUCAGUCGACGCUCAGGCCAGACAGUUGGCCUGUCAGGAUAUCACCUGUACCCACAGAAGGAUCUGAAUCCAGUUUGGCCCUGAGGCUGGUGAAUGGAGGUAACAGGUGUCAGGGCCGAGUGGAGGUCCUAUACCGAGGCUCCUGGGGCACCGUGUGUGAUGACAGCUGGGACACCAGUGAUGCCAAUGUGGUCUGCAGGCAGUUGGGCUGUGGCUGGGCCACAUCAGCCCCAGGAAAUGCCCGGUUUGGCCAGGGCUCAGGACCCAUUGUCCUGGAUGACGUGCGCUGCUCAGGACACGAGUCCUACCUGUGGAGCUGCCCCCACAGUGGCUGGCUCUCCCACAACUGUCAGCACAGUGAAGACGCUGGUGUCAUCUGCUCAGACGCGUUGCCGACCACCACCUUACCUGCAUCGACAGUAGGACCUGAAUCCAGUUUGGCCCUGAGGCUGGUCAAUGGAGGUGACAGGUGUCAGGGCCGUGUGGAGGUCCUAUACCGAGGCUCCUGGGGCACCGUGUGUGAUGACAGCUGGGACACCAAUGAUGCCAAUGUGGUCUGCAGGCAGCUGGGCUGUGGCUGGGCCACAUCAGCCCCAGGAAAUGCCCGGUUUGGCCAGGGCUCAGGACCCAUUGUCCUGGAUGAUGUGCGCUGCUCGGGGAAUGAGUCCUACCUGUGGAACUGUCCCCACAGAGGCUGGCUCUCCCACAACUGUGGCCAUGGUGAAGACGCUGGUGUCAUCUGCUCAGGACCUGAAUCCAGUUUGGCCCUGAGGCUGGUGAAUGGAGCUAACAGGUGUCAGGGCCGAGUGGAGGUCCUAUACCGAGGCUCCUGGGGCACUGUGUGUGAUGACUACUGGGACACCAAUGAUGCCAAUGUGGUCUGCAGGCAGCUGGACUGUGGCUGGGCCACGUCAGCCCCAGGAAAUGCCCGGUUUGGCCAGGGCUCAGGACCCAUUGUCCUGGACGACGUGCGCUGCUCAGGACACGAGUCCUACCUGUGGAGCUGCCCCCACAGUGGCUGGCUCUCCCACAACUGUGGCCAUGGUGAAGACGCUGGUGUCAUCUGCUCAGACACGUUGUCGACCAGCACCUUACCUGCAUCGACAGUAGGAUCUGAAUCCAGUUUGGCCGUGAGGCUGGUGAAUGGAAGUGACAGGUGUCAGGGCCGAGUGGAGGUCCUAUACCGAGGCUCCUGGGGCACCGUGUGUGAUGACAGCUGGGACACCAGUGAUGCCAAUGUGGUCUGCAGGCAGCUGGGCUGUGGCUGGGCCACAUCAGCCCCAGGAAAUGCCCGGUUUGGCCAGGGCUCAGGACCCAUUGUCCUGGAUGAUGUGCGCUGCUCAGGACAGGAGUCCUACCUGUGGAGCUGCCCCCACAGAGGCUGGCUCUCCCACAACUGUGGCCAUCAUGAAGAUGCUGGUGUCAUCUGCUCAGUUUCCCAGUCCCAGUCGACACCUGGCCCAGACACUUGGCCCAUCUCACGGGCAUCAACAGCAGGAUCUGAAUCCAGUUUGGCCCUGAGGCUGGUGAAUGGAGGUGACAGGUGUCAGGGCCGAGUGGAGGUCCUAUACCGAGGCUCCUGGGGCACCGUGUGUGAUGACAGCUGGGACACCAAUGAUGCCAAUGUGGUCUGCAGGCAGCUGGGCUGUGGCUGGGCCACGUCGGCCCCAGGAAAUGCCCGGUUUGGCCAGGGCUCAGGACCCAUUGUCCUGGAUGACGUGGGCUGCUCAGGACAUGAGUCCUACCUGUGGAACUGUCCCCACAGAGGCUGGCUCUCCCACAACUGUGGCCAUAGUGAAGACGCUGGUGUCAUCUGCUCAGCUGCUCAGUCCCAGUCGACGCCCAGGCCAGAUACUUGGCUGACCACCAACUUACUGACAUCGCCAAUAGGAUCUGAAUCCAGUUUGGCCCUGAGGCUGGUGAAUGGAGGUGACAGGUGUCAGGGCCGAGUGGAGGUCCUAUACCGAGGCUCCUGGGGCACCGUGUGUGAUGACAGCUGGGACACCAGUGAUGCCAAUGUGGUCUGCAGGCAGCUGGGCUGUGGCUGGGCCACGUCGGCCCCAGGAAAUGCCCGGUUUGGCCAGGGCUCAGGACCCAUUGUCCUGGAUGACGUGGGCUGCUCAGGACAUGAGUCCUACCUGUGGAACUGUCCCCACAGAGGCUGGCUCUCCCACAACUGUGGCCAUAGUGAAGACGCUGGUGUCAUCUGCUCAGCUACUCAGUCCCAGUCAACGCCCAGGCCAGAUACUUGGCUGACCACCAACUUACUGACAUCGCCAAUAGGAUCUGAAUCCAGUUUGGCCCUGAGGCUGGUGAAUGGAGGUGACAGGUGUCAGGGCCGAGUGGAGGUCCUAUACCGAGGCUCCUGGGGCACCGUGUGUGAUGACAGCUGGGACACCAAUGAUGCCAAUGUGGUCUGCAGGCAGCUGGGCUGUGGCUGGGCCACGUCGGCCCCAGGAAAUGCCCGGUUUGGCCAGGGCUCAGGACCCAUUGUCCUGGAUGACGUGGGCUGCUCAGGACAUGAGUCCUACCUGUGGAACUGUCCCCACAGAGGCUGGCUCUCCCACAACUGUGGCCAUAGUGAAGACGCUGGUGUCAUCUGCUCAGCUGCUCAGUCCCAGUCGACGCCCAGGCCAGAUACUUGGCUGACCACCAACUUACUGACAUCGCCAAUAGGAUCUGAAUCCAGUUUGGCCCUGAGGCUGGUGAAUGGAGGUGACAGGUGUCAGGGCCGAGUGGAGGUCCUAUACCGAGGCUCCUGGGGCACCGUGUGUGAUGACAGCUGGGACACCAGUGAUGCCAAUGUGGUCUGCAGGCAGCUGGGCUGUGGCUGGGCCACGUCGGCCCCAGGAAAUGCCCGGUUUGGCCAGGGCUCAGGACCCAUUGUCCUGGAUGACGUGGGCUGCUCAGGACAUGAGUCCUACCUGUGGAACUGUCCCCACAGAGGCUGGCUCUCCCACAACUGUGGCCAUAGUGAAGACGCUGGUGUCAUCUGCUCAGCUACUCAGUCCCAGUCAACGCCCAGGCCAGAUACUUGGCUGACCACCAACUUACUGACAUCGCCAAUAGGAUCUGAAUCCAGUUUGGCCCUGAGGCUGGUGAAUGGAGGUGACAGGUGUCAGGGCCGAGUGGAGGUCCUAUACCGAGGCUCCUGGGGCACCGUGUGUGAUGACAGCUGGGACACCAAUGAUGCCAAUGUGGUCUGCAGGCAGCUGGGCUGUGGCUGGGCCACGUCGGCCCCAGGAAAUGCCCGGUUUGGCCAGGGCUCAGGACCCAUUGUCCUGGAUGACGUGGGCUGCUCAGGACAUGAGUCCUACCUGUGGAACUGUCCCCACAGAGGCUGGCUCUCCCACAACUGUGGCCAUAGUGAAGACGCUGGUGUCAUCUGCUCAGCUGCUCAGUCCCAGUCGACGCCCAGGCCAGAUACUUGGCUGACCACCAACUUACUGACAUCGCCAAUAGGAUCUGAAUCCAGUUUGGCCCUGAGGCUGGUGAAUGGAGGUGACAGGUGUCAGGGCCGAGUGGAGGUCCUAUACCGAGGCUCCUGGGGCACCGUGUGUGAUGACAGCUGGGACACCAGUGAUGCCAAUGUGGUCUGCAGGCAGCUGGGCUGUGGCUGGGCCACGUCGGCCCCAGGAAAUGCCCGGUUUGGCCAGGGCUCAGGACCCAUUGUCCUGGAUGACGUGGGCUGCUCAGGACAUGAGUCCUACCUGUGGAACUGUCCCCACAGAGGCUGGCUCUCCCACAACUGUGGCCAUAGUGAAGACGCUGGUGUCAUCUGCUCAGCUACUCAGUCCCAGUCAACGCCCAGGCCAGAUACUUGGCUGACCACCAACUUACUGACAUCGCCAAUAGGAUCUGAAUCCAGUUUGGCCCUGAGGCUGGUGAAUGGAGGUGACAGGUGUCAGGGCCGAGUGGAGGUCCUAUACCGAGGCUCCUGGGGCACCGUGUGUGAUGACAGCUGGGACACCAAUGAUGCCAAUGUGGUCUGCAGGCAGCUGGGCUGUGGCUGGGCCACGUCGGCCCCAGGAAAUGCCCGGUUUGGCCAGGGCUCAGGACCCAUUGUCCUGGAUGACGUGGGCUGCUCAGGACAUGAGUCCUACCUGUGGAACUGUCCCCACAGAGGCUGGCUCUCCCACAACUGUGGCCAUAGUGAAGACGCUGGUGUCAUCUGCUCAGCUGCUCAGUCCCAGUCGACGCCCAGGCCAGAUGCUUUGCUGACCACGAACUUACUGACAUCGCCAAUAGGAUCUGAAUCCAGUUUGGCCCUGAGGCUGGUGAAUGGAGGUGACAGGUGUCAGGGCCGAGUGGAGGUCCUAUACCGAGGCUCCUGGGGCACCGUGUGUGAUGACAGCUGGGACACCAAUGAUGCCAAUGUGGUCUGCAGGCAGCUGGGCUGUGGCUGGGCCACGUCGGCCCCAGGAAAUGCCCGGUUUGGCCAGGGCUCAGGACCCAUUGUCCUGGAUGACGUGGGCUGCUCAGGACAUGAGUCCUACCUGUGGAACUGUCCCCACAGAGGCUGGCUCUCCCACAACUGUGGCCAUAGUGAAGACGCUGGUGUCAUCUGCUCAGCCACCCAAAUAAAUUCUACUACGACAGAUUGGUGGCAUCCAACAACUACAACCACUACAAGACCCUCUUCAAAUUGUGGUGGCUUCUUAUUCAGUGCCAGUGGAACAUUCUCCAGCCCAUCCUACCCUGCAUAUUACCCCAACAAUGCUAAGUGUGUUUGGGAAAUAGAAGUGAAUUCUGGUUAUCGCAUAAACCUGGGCUUCAGUAAUCUGCAGUUGGAGGUGCAGUAUAACUGCAGUUUUGAUUAUGUUGAAAUCUUUGAUGGAUCAUUAAAUAGCAGUCACCUGCUGGGGAAAAUCUGUAAUGAUACCAGGCAAAUAUUUACAUCUUCUUACAACCGAAUGACUAUUCACUUUCGAAGUGACAUCAGUUUCCAAAACACCGGCUUUUUGGCUUGGUAUAACUCCUUCCCAAGCGAUGCCACCUUGAGGUUGGUCAAUUUAAACUCAUCCUACCGUCUAUGUGCCGGGCGUGUUGAAAUUUACCAUGGUGGCACCUGGGGGACAGUUUGUGAUGACUCCUGGACCAUUCACGAAGCUGAGGUGGUCUGCAGACAGCUGGGGUGUGGACGUGCAGUUUCAGCCCUUGGAAACGCCUAUUUUGGUGCUGGCUCUGGCCCCAUCACCCUGGACGAUGUAGAGUGCUCAGGGACGGAAUCCACUCUCUGGCAGUGCCGGAACCGAGGCUGGUUCUCCCACAACUGUCGUCACAACGAAGAUGCUGGUGUCAUCUGCUCAGGGCCCGAGGACUGGCUUGCUCUGCAACUCGUGGAAGGUUCUGGAAGGUGUUCAGGAUAAGUCGAGGUGUAUUUUGAAGGCAUGUGGGGCACGGUGUGCGAUGACCUGUGGGACGAGAAGGAAGCACAGAUGGCGUGCCGGCAGCUGGGUUGCGGGGCAGCCGUCUCUGCCCCUGGAGAGGCCCACUUUGGCCAGGGCUCCGGCCCCAUUCUUCUGGAUGAUAUACAGUGUUCUGGGACUGAGGCCUACCUGGGGGAGUACUCCCAUGCCGGCUGGUCUACCCACAACUGUGGGCACGGGGAAGACGCUGGUGUCAUCUGCUCAGAUGCUGAGAUCCUAAUGCCAUUUCCUGGUGAUAAGUUAAGAUUUUCUAACUUCCUGGCUGAUAUAGCUUGCUGCACUGCGGGGGUGCCCUCGCAGCCCCUGCUGAGGCUCAAUUUGGUGAAGGCAGAGGUGAAUUUCUGCUGGAUGAUGUGGACUGUACUGGAAAAGAGAAUUUUUUGGGACAAUGUCCUCAUGCUGGCUGGGGCCUGCAUAACUGAGGUCCCAGAGAAGAUGCCAGCAUCAUCUGUGCAGGUCACUGUGGUGAACUAA